CCUGCGACCUGUGAGGCGCGUGACCAUUCCGUCUCGUUGGUUUCGUGCUGGUUGGCCGGACCGUACGUCAAUUUGUGAUUGCGCGCGCGCGUUCCUGCGUACGUACGUGCGUGCGUGCGUGCAUGUAUGCGUGGGAGCGUGUAUGUCCGAGCGCAUAUAUGAGAGCGCGCGCGCGUGUGUUACGUGUAUAUGUGGUGCGCGCUUGAGCCAACGGACCCAAAGAGCAAGCAGGGCAGCGCCGACCCACAAGUAAGCCAAGCAGGCAGCCGGCGAGCGCUCGGCUAGCAACAACCCGCACGUUCCACGGCGAGACAUGAUUGCUUCCACAGCCGCGAUCCUUCUGCUACCGCUGCUAAUAUGCCUCCAGCACUACACGAUUGUUCGCGGAACCAAAACAGAAUGUGAGGCCAACCAGUUUCAGUGUGAAAAUGGCCGUUGCAUCCAGUCUGUUUGGAAGUGCGAUGGUGACGAGGACUGCAGUGAUGGCAGUGACGAAAUCUCUUGUGUCAAGAAAGUUUGUCCAGAUACAGACUUUGUGUGUCGUAAUGGCCAGUGUAUUCCAAAGAGAUGGCAUUGUGAUGGGGAGCCAGACUGUGAGGACGGGUCAGACGAGAGUGUAGAAAUCUGCCACAUGCGGACAUGCCGUUUGAAUGAGUUCAGUUGUGGAGCUGGUUCAACGCAAUGCAUCCCCAACUUCUGGAAGUGUGAUGGUGAAAAGGACUGUGAUAACGGAGAAGACGAGGUCAACUGUGGUAAUGUAACCUGUGCUCCAAAUGAGUUCACGUGUGCCAGUGAACGUUGUAUCUCCCGAAACUUUGUAUGCAAUGGCAAGGAUGACUGUGGUGAUGGGUCAGAUGAAGUGGAGUGUGUGCCAUCUUCCUGUGGCCCGAAUGAAUUCCAGUGUGGAAAUUCAUCAUGCAUCCCAAAUAGUUGGGUGUGUGAUGAUGAUGUUGACUGUCAGGAUCAGUCAGAUGAGUCUCAAUCACGUUGUGGUCGUCACCCAACCCCACCAGCCAAGUGCUCAACUAGUGAGAUGCAAUGCCUUUCCGGAGAAUGUAUUCACAAAAAGUGGAGGUGUGAUGGAGACCCCGAUUGCAAAGAUGGCAGCGAUGAAACAAACUGUCCCGUGCGUACUUGUGGAGCAGAUCAGUUCAAAUGUGAUGAUGGGAACUGCAUCCUUGGCAAUAGACAAUGUAACGGCAUCAGAGAGUGCACUGAUGGCUCAGAUGAAUUUAACUGCAAAAACUUGACUCAGUGUAAUGGACCUGAGAGGUUCAAAUGCCGCAGCGGGGAGUGCAUCGAAAUGAGCAAAGUGUGCAACAAGAACAGAGACUGUCCCGACUGGAGCGAUGAGCCGAUCAAAGAAUGCAAUGUCAAUGAGUGCCUGAUGAACAAUGGGGGCUGCUCGCACAUCUGUAAAGACAUGACAAUUGGCUUUGAGUGUGACUGCACUCCUGGGCUGCAGCUCAUUGACCACAAGACUUGUGGGGACAUCAACGAAUGUAUGAACCCUGGCAUCUGCAGUCAAAUCUGCAUAAACCUGAAGGGAGGAUACAAAUGUGAAUGCCACAAUGGCUACCAGAUGGAUCCCACUACAGGAGUUUGCAAGGCCGUAGGGAAGGAGCCCAGUCUGAUAUUCACAAACCGCCGCGAUGUUCGUCGUCUGGGUCUCGAGAGGAAAGAGUACACUCAGAUUGUGGAGCAGCAGAGAAACACUGUAGCUCUUGAUGCAGAUAUUGACCAGCAAAUGAUGUUUUGGGCCGACCUGGGACAAAAGGCCAUAUUUAGCACUAUGCUGGACAAGCGAGGAGAUGUGAGCACCCACAACAAAGUGAUAGAAAAUGUCCACUCUCCUGUUGGAAUUGCAGUGGACUGGAUAUACAAACACCUAUACUGGUCUGAUCUAGGAACCAAAACAAUUUCUGUUGCUAACUUUAAUGGAACCAAGCAGAAAAUUUUGUUUAAUAGAGGGCUGAAAGAACCUGCUUCCAUAGCUGUGGAUCCUCUGUCAGGGUUUCUUUACUGGUCUGACUGGGGUGUGCCAGCCAAGAUUGAAAAGUCUGGCAUGAAUGGAGUUGAUAGGCAGAUUCUGGUGACGACCGACAUCCAAUGGCCAAAUGGAAUAACACUUGAUCUAAUCAAAGGUAGGUUGUACUGGGUUGAUUCGAAGCUACACAUGCUCUGCAGUGUGGACCUGAAUGGAGACAACAGGAAGAAAGUGCUUCAGUCUUCUGACUACCUUGCUCACCCCUUUGCUCUUACCGUUUUUGAGGAUCGUGUCUUCUGGACAGACGGUGAGAAGAAAGCUAUCUAUGGUGCUAACAAAUUCACCGGAUUGGACAUUGUGACACUAGCCAGCAACCUGAAUGAUCCGCAAGACAUCAUAGUUUAUCAUGAGCUCAUUCAGCUAUCGGGAACUAACUGGUGUGCAGAGAAAGGUGCAAAUGGAGGCUGUAGCUACAUGUGUCUUCCUGCUCCACAAAUCAACAAACACUCCCCCAAAUUCACAUGUUUAUGUCCAGGUGGACAGGAAUUGGCUGCUGAUGGUCUACGCUGCAGGCCUGACUCUUCUACAAAAACCCUCUCAAAGGAGGAUAAGAAACCUGUAAUGCCACCUUCCCCAGAAGCCAAUGUGAGUACUUCAAUUCAGGUAAACACCACAGCCAGAGGAUCUGCUGCAGCUUGGGCCAUACUACCUGUGUUGCUUAUUGCGAUGACUGCAGCCGGUGGCUAUUUGAUGUGGAGAAACUGGACAUUGAAGAACCAGAAAAGCAUGAAUUUUGACAACCCAGUCUACCUGAAGACUACAGAAGAAGACCUCAACAUUGACAUCACACGACAUGGUGCCAAUGUGGGGCACACGUAUCCAGCGAUUUCAAUUGUUAGCACAGAGGAUGAUCUAUCGUGACCAUAUUGGUGUUUGUUUUUUGUUCAUUAAUAAAGCUCAUGGAAAAGCAUGGUAUCCCCUUGUUCCCACCUCGAGGGAGUUGUCCCAUCAGCAAAACUGCUCACAGUACAACAUGCCUCCUGAAGUGCAUUAUAUCAUUGUCAGUGGUGACAGUUAACUGAAAGAAAUGUUAUUUAUUUUGUAAAUAAUAAUGUGUUGCUUUGUUUUCACGUCCUGAGUUUUCAAUCUUCUCUGUCCCGCCCUGAAAACAGUUUAACAAUGUGUUUUCGUUUUGUUUUUGUCCCAUCAGAUUUUUUUUUUUUUUUAAAAAAAGACCUGAAAAUGUAUUUGUCAGGAGACUUAUUGAGCUGCUUUUGGUCUGUGGAACUUGAAAUCACACAGGCAGCUUUAGUCCU